AAUAUUACAACACACCGACUUAUAACAUGUCGAGAGCUUCCAUAAUCCAUCACAUAUCUAAGCUCGCUGUUAGGGCCAUAGGAAAGGACUCACUGUCUGCAGUUCAAUCUGGUUUUAAUGAUUCACAGACGGAUGCCGCAGCAAGGAUUUCCUUCAAGUAUGGGUGUUCAAGAGGCGUGACUGGUACACCCUAUUUCUUUUUCAAUGGCAUGCCGCUUUCCGACUCUGGCUCAGCACUGGACUACAAGGGAUGGAAAGGCAUUAUUGAUCCAUUGUUGGGGAUGUAAUGUAUGCUUAUUUGUCUUAAGUAGAAAAGGUUCAUAGGCAAUGGGAUAUUCAAGGAGAGGUACACGAUGUAAGCCACAUUAAAUCCCUUUCCGUUCAUGAUCCCAGCAGGGGCAAGAUUUGAACUCCUCGCAUAAAAAGACCAUCCAUUUUUCACUAA